CUGUGACUUUACGUUCAAGCUUUGUUAGUACUUCUGAUUGGACACGCCUUCCAUUAUACCAACUUUAUGUAAAGUCCGUGUAAAGGGGCCCUAAACUCUAAAGCGUCGACUUUGCGGAUCUGUUAUUUCUUUGCUUGUUUGCCAAUUCUGACAACCUGAAACAAGAGACGCUUUAUUGCAAAGGCGACGACUUCCCUAGUUCGGCAUUUGUAAGGUCUGAGCUGGAGCGAAAGCACAGGUCGUCGGAAGCCAUGCCGGCGACACCCACAGAUAUGGAGGCGCAACCUAGUGGGCGAUUACUCGCUUCAGACGAGGAUAAAAAGCCCGGGGAGGUUGAGCGGAGGGCGAGCGGGUCCCUGCGGCCUCGUAGCGGGCAGCAAGCCCUGGCUUCCAUCGUUCACAGCUGGGCGUCACGCAAGUUCGCAGUUGGCUGCGCCAUAUUGUUUCCGGUUGCGGUCACCGUGUACGUGACAUGGUGGUUCCUCACCUUCUUCGACAACUUCUUCUCGCCCAUCUACUACAAGCUCUUUGACUUCCACGUGUUUGGACUCGGGUUCAUCACCUCCAUGGCAUUCAUCUUCGUGAUUGGCGUGUUCUUCUCGUCCUGGAUGGGCACUGCGCUGCUGGGCAUUGGCGAGUGGAUAAUCAAGCGUUUACCGCUUGUAAAGCACAUCUACUCUGCCUCAAAGCAGGUCAGCGCCGCAAUCAACCCGGAGAACGAGGCGUCCAAGGCCUUCCAGGAGUGUGUCAUCAUCCGGCACCCGCGGAAAGGGGAGUUUGCCAUCGCCUUCAUAACCGGCCGGACGGUGCUGCAGACUGGGACGCAGGACCUGAAGCUCAACACCGUGUACGUGCCAACCAACCACGUAUACGUAGGAGACAUAUUCCUGCUCGAAGACAAGGAAAUUAUACAUACCAACCUUUCUGUGCGUGAGGGGUUAGGUAAGUUGUUCGCUCUCAUGAUGGGGAGGAUAUGCGUAAGGCAUGUGGCUGCUCACAUGCGGUAGCUGCUGUGCUGAAGAAGUAUGGCCGACCACGGUCACAUGGAUAUUGUUUGAAUGUUCGUCAUGCAUGCAUACGAUGACCUUGUCCAUUGUCCCUGUCAACCCGUAAGUACUGCCAAGCCCGGCCUCGUCCUUAACCUAUUGCGGCUAUGACACCUCUUUUGUGCCCACAGAAAUCGUCGUCUCAUGCGGGAUGGCGAUUCCGCCAAACUUGAUUGCCGUUCCCAAGCCCUAGGGAGGAGGCCUGUCGCAGCUGCGCAUGCAGCUAUGCAACGCCUUGUCCCCACCAUUCAAUGAACGAGAGAUUUAGCUAGAUGUAGAAUUACCGUCUGGCCGUCCAUGCACGGUUAAGCAGCCGCUUCACUCAUGUCAGUAUAGUCAGGGAGUGCCUAUUGCCACAUUCGACUUCGACGUGAUCGCUAGAUACAAAGUGUAACAAUGCAUGUUUAGCUUUCAGGUGCUAGCCAUGGGUGUAUGCUUUCUCUGCUGUUAUGUUUGGCUCACCCGCGAGGGCAGUGUAGCAGGCUGGUUAUUGCUCGUAGGUUUGAAAUAUUGUUACUGGAUCCAUGAUCUGACACUGUUGAGUUAGCCUUACAUGUUGGACGUCUUCGACUGGAAAGAUUGCCAAAGACGUUGUAUAAGGUUGUAAAGGAUAAAUGCCUCUAGAUAUGAGUUGUUAAUGAAGAG